AUCGAUGUCAAGCGACUCUACAGUCAUGACUUGAACUUGGUGCCCAUCGUCAAACCUCAGCCAGCCGUGCCAUCGGUAUCUUACGGCUUAGACCGAGUAUUAUUUAACCCUGGUGUUUACCAUCUCCAAGACCCUCGUUCGAGAGUCUACAAUUUCGAUCCCUACCUUUCGAAGAUUAUGCCCAUCAAAGAGUUCGACUUCAAUGCUCUGAAACAAUACGUCACAUCUUCCAAGGACGAAACCCUGAUCGCGACCGCGCGUGAGCACGGCAAGAAGUAUACUGGCUCUACAUCGAGCAUGACAUCAAUGUUGUCUCACUUUCACUUCCUCCUGUCGUCCUGGCGGCCCAUUAAUUCUGAGAUGGUGUCACAAGGUUUCCCCGUCGAGUCGGAACAAUACACUGCUAUUAUGAGAGCGCCAGCUGCAACUUUCCUGCACUGGAAAGAUGGCGUGUACGCUAUAGAUGCAGACAAGGAAUAUGACAGUUCUAAUAUUCUUAGCAUGCUUGGAAAGUCAAUGGAGAAGCUGUUGACAAUGACAAAAGAAGAAUACGAACGAUAUCGCCAUGUCAACUCUGAUCAGAUCUCGGAGGAGGAGCGUAAUGCCGACGAAGCUUUUCAUUACACUGGCUUGGGAGAUUUCAUGAUGCGUUCUCAGUUGGAUGCCCAUGACCCCAGAGUUCCCGGGACUGGUAUGUUCGACCUCAAGACGCGGGCCGUCAUCUCCAUUCGCAUGGAUGCCAAAGGUUUCCAAAAAGGCUUGGGAUAUGAAAUCCGCCAGCGCUUCGGACAGUGGGAAUCAUUCGAACGAGAAUAUCAUGAUAUGAUACGGUCGGCGUUCUUGAAAUACUCGCUCCAGGUUCGCAUGGGCCGAAUGGAUGGCAUCUUCGUUGCGUUUCACAAUACGCAACGAAUAUUUGGGUUCCAGUACAUUCCUCUUGAGGAGAUGGACCUGUCUCUUCACGGGACAUCUAAUGUACUUCUGGGCGACAAGGAAUUCAAGCUUAGUCUCGGCCUCCUCAACGAACUUCUCGACCGUGCCACCAAUAAGUUCCCUGAGCAAUCUCUGCGGCUGCACUUUGAGACCAGACAAUCUGAAAAGACCCCCUUUAUGUAUUUCUUCGCUAAACCCGUCGCCCCCGGCGAGAUCGAGGCCGUGCAGAAUGCCGGCAAAGCCUCCAUAGACGCUUUUGAGACGGAGGUUUUGGGGUUGGGAAAAAGCCCAGCUACGACAGGGGCUACCCCUGAAAGCGAAGAUGUUCUUGAUAUCGAAGAUGCCGAGGACGCUGAGGACAGCGGACCUUCCGAGAUCCAAGACAUGGAGGACGUUGCAACCUGGGAAGAAGUCCGCGCCAUGGUUGAUGAGGCCAUGGAGGCCGAUGAAGUCGGUGUAGGCGCCGUGAGAGAAGCUAUCGAGAUAGCACUGGACGAGAGUGGCUUGCUAGAGUCCCAGUCUAUUGAGAACACUCGAAGAUAUGUUGAUGCUUUGCUCAGCGCGAUUACUGGCAAUGAAGUGUCUGACGAGCCUCAGCCUUCCGAGGACAACUCCUCAGCUUCAACACCAGCGUCUUCACAAGAGGAAAUUGAGGCCGAAGAUGAAGAGGAAGCGGAGGAGUCGAAUGGCGAUAACAAUCCAAAUGCUAGCAUGAUGACACUGAGAAAUCUGAUCAAGCGAAUGGCUCAAAAGGUUGACGUAGGAAAGCCAUCGGCAGCCCAGCGGGAGGCCGACGAUUCAUCUCGACUCAAGGAGUUUGAGCGCAUCCUGAGAAACAUGAUUACGCAGUCUAAAGCAGAGGACGCUGCUAGGGACAUCGAAGAUGCGAACGACGAAGAAUUGGCCGAGCUUACUGAAGAAAAAGCCUCGUGCAAGUCCAAAGAGGCUCGUGAUUCAGAACUCGAUGGCUCGCUCCUCGGCAUGGUGCUGACUAUACGCAACACGGUCAAUGGUGAGUAUGUCACACGGCCUAAUGAACUCGGGGAACACGACGACUGGGCCGUCGAGUACAAUAUCGAUGAGAUGGACGCCAAACGAACAAGAAGGCUCUACGAAAUGUGCAAGACAAGGCGGCAGAAGAUUUUCUCUUCAUCUGGUGACAGGGAUGUGCAAUGGCACCAGAUGUGGAAGGGUCAGCUAAGCAUGUCCACCCAAAAGGGUCGCACUUUCCGCGAACAGGAGACCAUGGAAGCCAAGACGAAGCCUGUGUACGUCGUCGGUGAAGAGGGUGCCAAGACCUAUGAGGAGGUUUUUGGG